UCGUGGAUGUAACCACGGCAGAUGCUACGGGGGGUAGCACUUCAUUGAUGCGAGGGGAAGGGAACAUUGCCAUCUACGGGUCGAGGUGCAAGAGACGCAAGGGUUUUACCCAGGUUCAGCCCCUCCGGAGAGUAAAAGGCCUACGUCCUGCUAGAUCUUUAUUGCUCAGUGGAGAAUUACAAUGGGGGGGGCUCAGUCGGCGGCUACGCCGAGAGCUUACAGGGGGAGAUUGGAUCUCAAGUAAGGUGUCCCCUAGGGUUUAAGCUCGGGGGUUUAUAUAAGCACCCCCGAUCUAGGGUUACAUGGAGAUAACUCCGAAUCAUAUCAGUUGCUACUAAUCCGGGAUCCGCUAUCCCCCUCUCAAGUAAUCUUCUUGUCCAGCCGUGUGGACCUCCUCCUUGGGAUCACGGCCCAGUCGCCUUAGGGCCCAGUCGCUUAGGCGACUGGCGAUCCACCCGAGCCUCUAUCUUCAUGGCGACUGGGACUGGCGACCCACCCCCUAUGGGCAUAUCCCCAUCAGUAGUCCCCAAGCGCGGUGGUGAUGAAGCGCGGAUCUGGAGCAAGUCUUGGAGAGGCGCGGUGAUGGAUCAAGAUGAGUCGCCGCCGGGCUUCCAAAGAUAAAGUCGCGGGUGCGGUGGCAGUCUUAGUCGCCAGAAUUUGAUCAGUCAGUCGGCGUGUGACAGUCGGCUCUGGCCAGUCGCCGUUUGCCAGUCGACGCGUAGUCAUCAUAGAGACACGUGGAGAGGCCAACGGCUAGAUUUCACGUUGACCGAGGCGCACACCGUUUGCAUGUUGUUGACCGUUGGGCUCGACGUGACCGCUAACGGCUAGUUUAACGGCUAUUCAGCCGGUGACGGCGCAGAUCUCGACCGUUGAUUGCGGGGCGGCGAUUCCGGGACGAUUCAACGAACAGAUUUCAUCCUCAAUCUGAGCGAGUGCGGGCGGUAUAAAGGGUCGCCCCUAGGAUUAGGGUUCAACACUCCUCCGCAUUCAUCCCCCAUCUUCUCUUCAUCUCAUCUUCAUUCCAAACUCCACACACAUCCAUGGCGGCGAAGGGUUGGGGCAAGUCGAAGGUCACGCGGGAGUCUCUCCUCCCGUACGUCGCCUCCGGGGUCAUCCCGGAGUUUAACCGAGAGCGAUGGCGGGUUCCGCCGGCGAACGAGACGGAGCCCCUCCCACGGCCCGGGGAGUUCGUGAUCUUCAUGAGCUUCCUCGAUCGCGGGUUCGCUCUCCCCACCUCCGAUUUCCUCCGGCAGUUGCUGGCCUUCUACAGCAUCAAGGUUUCCGACCUCGGGCCGCACAGCGUCCAGCAGAUUUCUCUGUUCGUGGCGCUGUGCGAAUGCUACUUGGGCUGUCCGCCCUACUUCCCGCUGUGGGUGUCCAUCUUCCAUGGGCGGGCGACUCGGGCCAGCAAGAACAGCGAAGCACUCAUCCCAAACGGGGGGAUCACCUUCCAGGUGAAGUCCGGGGAAAGCUUCAUCGACAUGGCGCUCCCCAAGAAGGCGCAGUCGCUGUGGCGUCGUUUCUGGUUCUACGCCAAGGAGUACACUCCCCCGGGCGAGGUAUGCAUUCCCCAAUACAGUCCCGAGCCGAGCGUCCCGCGGCGCCUCAAUGUCCGGUCGCUGCCGCGCGAGCAGGAGAAGGUGGUGAAGGAUAUGCGCCAAGCGAUCCAGGCGCUAAAAGAUGACGGCCUGACGGCGGUCGACAUGUACAACUGUUGGCUUGGCCGGCGGCUGAUCCCCCUGCGGUGCCGAGCUCACCCCAUGUGGGAGUACCGGGGACAGAAUGACCGCACCCGGUCGACGGCGACCGAGUGGGACGAGGGCGAGUACCGGAAGGCGCUUGCCAAGAUCACUACUGCCACCUUCACUUCCUUCGAAGACGGCUUGCAGCCCUACACCGAAGACACCCCAGCGCCUCAGCGUUGGCAGAAGAUCGCGGACCACCUCCCUCCUCUCGCCGGGAAGGAACCACCGGAGAUGACCGAGGGCGAGGAGGAAGAGGUCGACGAGGAGGAGGAGCGCACCGAGUCGGAGUCGGAGGCGCGGGACUUCAUCAGACUCCCGCGCGGGUCGAAGAGGGGUGCCGAGUCCUCGUCCCAGGGCGCGGCUGAAGAGGAGGCGACCUCUCGCCCGGAGGACAAGGCGGAGCCCUCCAAGGAAGGGGCUGAGCCGCUAUCGAAGCGACUGCGCCCCACUCUCCUGGAAGGGUCCAUGAGGCUUCAGCGUCCUUUGAAGGACGCGAUCGAUGCGGGAGCUCGGGCUGGUCCGGGCGUAAGAGCGAUUCCCACGGUGAAGUAAGU